CUUUCACAGACACUGUGUGAGGAAACGCAUGUGGUCACAAUCGUUUGCAUGCUGCGAUCAUCAGCUCGUUCUGUUGCAUGAGCAGCUCUUCACAGCACCACUGCUUACUUUGAUAGGUCUGUGGAGUCACAGAGAGGAAGUGCAGCGCAACUUUCUACAAAACCUUGGAUCUGGUGACUCCAAAUGCUCUGACACGGUCUUCUAGGUUAGAAAGAAAGAAGAGGAAAUAUGUCUGGCCCGCCACCACCACCCCCUCCUGGCCCUCCCCCAACCUUUGCAGUGGCAAACAUAGAGAAGCCCAAUCUGAACAGAUCUGAGCAGCAAGGGAGAAAUGCUUUACUAUCAGAUAUCAGCAAAGGAGCUCGACUGAAGAAAGCCGUCACCAAUGAUCGGAGUGCUCCAGCGCUGGACAAGCCCAAAGGAGGCGGAGGAGGUGGAGGUGGAGGUGGUGGAGGAGGAGGUGGAGGGUUUGGGGGCGGAGCUCCAGGUGGAAUGGGUGGGCUGUUUCAGGGUGGAAUGCCAAGACUGAGAUCAUCAGGAAACAGAGACAACACUGCAGUAAGACCACCGAUGCCUCCUUCAACGGGGAGAUUCCCAGCACCCAGCAACCCAGCAGGAAGCAGACCCCCACUCCCAAGCGCCGGACGACCUUCUCCUGGGAGGGCUGGACCCCCACCUGUACCAGCCUCAUCUCGCUCACCCCAGCACAGCUCUCCCAGCGGCCUACCGCCUCUACCUGGAGGGCGACCGCCAAGUUCCUCACCUUCUGUUCCACUCCCCAGCCAGCCGGCCAGACGUCCAAGCGUUCCUCCCACCCUGAGGGAGUCCCAGUCUUCCUUCCCUCCACCCCCAAUGCCCGCAAGUGGCCGGCCGCCAUUACCCACAAUCCCAAGCAGACCCUCAGAUGACUUCCCUCCUCCUCCACCACCCACUGGAGGAAGAAGAGCGUCAUUUUCUCGAGAUGGACCACUACCACCACCGCCGCCAUCCAAUGAGAGUAAACCACUGAGUUCUCAGAGGCCUAUGGGUAAUCCGCCUCCAUCCUUUCCUCCAGCAAGAGGAGGGGCCCCACCUAUCCCACCAUCCUCACGGGAUGAGCCCAACAUUAGAGGCUCUCCGAGAAACAGCCUUCCACCUCCACCGCCUCCUGGACGCUCCAGCCCACUUCCGCCACCACCCAGUGAGAGGCCGCCUCCAUCAGGAAGAAGCCCAUCAAUACGGUCAGGUCCUCUACCACCUCCACCCAGUGGAGGAGGAGGCAGAGGAAUGUCUCCCCCCGUGCCUCCUCCUAAUCGUCCCGGAGGAUCAGGCAGACCCCCUCUACCCUCAGACCCUCCCAGAGUGCCCAGCUUCCCUCCACCACCCCCUGACACCAUCAAUGGCUACCAGUGCCCUCCACCAUCUGCCACAGAUGAGUGGGGGUUGAGGUUUUCCUUCCAUUCUCUGUCUGAAUUACCCCCACCAGAGCCAUACGUCUCCUUCUCCAAGUCUUACCCCAGCAAAGCUGGCAGCAAAGGAACGAGAGACAGAGGAGCGCCACCCUUGCCACCACUUCCCAGAUAAAAAUGCUUUGACAUUAUAUAGUGUGAGGUGGAUUUUCAUCUGCUGAAUGAGACUCAGGAACUCAUUUGUGAAAAUAUGAAUGUUUUUAGCUUUUCAGUUACAUUUUUUUAAAAUCACUUUUUCAUGCAUUUUAAUCCUUUGGGGGUAAUUUUAUAUCAUGGUACAAAUAUAUGUCCAGAUAUGGCGAUUAAAGUGCAUUCUGUCAUCA